CCGUGGCUAAGAUUACUGGCAACUUUGAGUCCACCGAGAUGAGUUCUUCCAGCAAAUCUCUAUCCGCACAAGACAUCUGGAAAUGGACAUUCACCAAGGAAGCGACAGCUCCAUGCUUCAUCAGAGACGCCCUCUCGAUGAAGGAAAGCAAUGCCAGAGAUACCGACUUCUACUGGCUGGGGCAUAUUCCUUGUCGAACAGUGCUUAUCGUUGGAAUAGUGGUUGGAAUCCAGGACUACGAGAAACGGACAUUGUACACUAUCGACGAUUCUACAGCUGUCAUAGACUGCGUACUUCGUCAUCCCUCGCCACCAAAAGCUCCAACAAAUUCUGAUGCAAGUCGCUCGGUUCAGAAAUCCAAAUGGGAGGCGACGUCGCAUGGAUUAAAUAGAUCUAUCCCUCCUCCGCCACCGCCCACUGCUGUCACUGCUAUUGGCUACCCAGUACAAGUAAUUGGCAAAGUCAUUCGAUUCCACGAUGCGAGACAAAUAGUAGUUGAAUCUAUUGAGCCAUGCAAGUCAACUAACGACCAAUGGAAACACUGGAAAACUGUCGUGGAGCUUCACAAGUCGAGAUAUUCCGUGCCGAAACCGUUUGAGAUACCAGCGCCUCUUGUUGUUUCUUCAUGUGAGACAGGUUCGGAAGAGCUCGGAAAUUGGCAGGAAAGGAGACUACCAGCUACUACAUUCAACAGACAAAGCUAUGCGUUGGCAUCGGAGACGAAUAUUACCGUGCCCCGUACUCCCUUGAAACGUCCACUAUAUGCCCAUGCCCCAUCCUCACCACUUACAGAUAGCACGACCUCCGCCCCAUCAAGUCCAAUCAAACAUGGAUCCGCAGACCUACCAAGACUUCGUCAUCCUUCCCGUUUACAUACACGAGACCUGACUGAGAACACAUUUCGGUUGUACCUCAAACAUUAUAUGGAUCAUGCGCCCGCUGUGGCGCUUGAUUGGGAUGUAGAUGAUGAUUUGUUCUCCACGCCGACUAAGCGGCCGCACGUCCCGUCCGACCAGACCCCCAAGGCGCGGACGGUAUACACAGCGCAUGACAGGACGCCACGCGCAUCUGCUCUGAAUGAUAGUACUCCCCGUCUCCCUGCAUUCACCCUCUCGCAUCUACGCCGCGUUCCGGAACUAGCACUCCUAGCUGGCCGGGUUGUUCGUACCGAGAUGAAGCGGCGCGCCCGAGCAGAGAAGGAGGCAGAGAAAGUCAAAGCUACGCAAACGCAGAAAGCCUCCGAGUCGAAAUAUACUCACGCUUCCUCAUCGAAAUCUCUUGCGCAUACCCACAUGAGGACCAAGCCCACAGAUGCACCGCGUGUGAAGAUGAAGCGCCUGUUUUCAUGGGCGGUGUUAAAGCUGUAUGAAGAAGGUAGUAUCGUGCUCUGUGAUAGACUCCUGAUGCCCGUCCCUGCUGUGUCGCGCUCUCAUGGGUCUGGCGAUACAAACGGGUUGUGGAAGACUGGGGACAGCACUGCUAGUUUCUCAAGCGCAAAUAACACUGUGUUCUCGACCGCGAAUAGCACGAUGUUUUCCUCUACCGGUGCUUCUCCGUCCAAGUUCGCGAUGUCUGAAGAAGAUGCAUAUCUCUCAGAUCCACCGAUGUGCGAGGAAGACGAGGCUUAUAUUUCUGUGACGCCGGCGUUGCUCGCUGGACCUGUUCGAGAGAUCAUGCGUGCGAAGGGGAUAAGGGGCAAGAGCGCCAAGGUUGGAGCGGAGGAGAUCACUAGGUGUUUGCGAAGAGAGGAUGCGCGCUGGGCGCGGGUAGGAGCGUGGGCUGUGGAAGAGGCCAUGGAAAGUAUUCUUGGCGAGUGGAAGUAGGUUCGUCGCAUCGCGAGCGUAUGUCGGCGGUCAACUCCAUAUGGGCGGAGUUGCUUAUGAUAUCUCUAACAGUAUGAUAUAAUAUACAAGUAAGUGUAUUGCUCUAUCCAUGCAGAUGAGCCUGUUUAGGUUGAAUUAAAUACAGGAUGGUCAGGA